GGUUUUAAAGUUUUAAAAAUGUAGUUUUAAUGUGUUCAAUUGGAUUUUAGCCCCCUGUGCGAUUGAGUUUGAAACUCCUGGAGUAGAGGAAGCAGAAGACGGGGUUAGACAGAGGAAGCUGAUUCGCUGUGAAGUCUUUCACCCACAUGAUCCAGUUUGUCUGUGUGCACAAACACGAGAACACGGUGUGUGAUCGGAACUUUCAGAACUCCAGGUUCUUCAUGCGUAAUUCCUGACCCGGUUCGCCUUGGAUAACCUCUUUACGCAGCAGGUCCCGUCUCCUCACCGGGCUCUGAGGGCUGCGCGGAGUCCCCACCAGGGGCAGCUGUCCCUCGGCCCCUCCUCCGCGCGCCUGCUCCCCGCUGCGCGCACGCACCUCCUCCGCUGCGGCGCGCAGAGGACCAACUGCUCCGCUGACAACCAGAUUGAAGAUCUCCUUCGACUGAGGAGGAAACACCAUGGCAGAGGUCAAAGUAACCCUCCUGAGAGCUCUCUGGUUUUCUCUCUGCCUGAGCGUCUGCCUUUGCCACCAGGACUGCACUGGGGUGGAGUGCCCCCUGCUGGACAACUGCAUUGAGACGGUCCUGGACAGUGGUGCUUGUUGUGCUUCAUGCUUGCAGAAAGGAUGCACAUGUGAAGGCUACCAGUACUACGACUGUGUGAGUGCUGGCUUUGAGAACGGCUCAGUCCCUGAAGGAGACUCCUACUUUGUGGAUUAUGGCAGCACCGAGUGCUCCUGUCCACUUGGAGGGGGGCGAAUCAUCUGUCAUUUUAUGAGCUGCCCUGAAGUGCCUCCAAACUGUAUUGAGGUUUCGGAGCCCGUUGAUGGCUGCAGACAAUGCCAACAGCUGGGAUGUGUUCAUGAAGGCUACAAGUAUGAGGCGGAUCAUUCAUUUCAAGUGGGACCUUGUUGGAUAUGCCACUGUCCCAUUGAAGGGGGGGAGCUCAUGUGCUACCGUAAACAGUGUGACACACAAAACGCCACGGAUGGAAAUAGCAGCAGACAUGAUGCCGUCCCCGACAGGUUUGACCGACAUGGCCAGAUGCAUUCGUUCACCAGACUGGACCAUCUUCCUUUUCCGGGAAAACUCCCUCCAUUCAAGGUGCCGUUAUUGGAUAAGGAAGACUCAGAUGACUAUGAUUACAGUCCUACCGACUUUUCAGAAGAAUACCCAUCACUGCCUGUGCCCCCCAUCCAGUCUUCUGUUUCUCCCACUAAAAUUUCAUCUCUAUCUCAUGACUUUGUCAAGUCUGACAGAAGCUCUGUACAUCCAAGUUUUCCGAUGCAAGGUCGGAUGGAGCUGAGGGAGCGACAUGGAGCUCAUGAACAUCCUAAAGAAUUGACAGAAAAUCCUUCAAGUGAUGAGCAGGAGAUUUCAGACUCACACACAGAUUCCACUGCUGCUUGGGAACUUUUAGCAGGGGCACAAAGUGUCUCAUUGGGGGAUUUGGAACCAGAUACAGAAGCAGAGAGUGCGUUGAACAAACAUUUAGGACGUUUUAUCUUUCCAUUACACCAAGGGACUGGAAGUGAGCAUCAUCCAGAGUUCUUAGAUGUGAAUUCAGAGAGUGAUUUCCAGCCUCAGGGGACUUACAUAAAUGUAGCUGACAGUUCCACCCCAGAAGGCUCAAGUACUGAGACCAAUAUGGAUAUCCUGACAAGAAGUACAGAGACUCCGGACAGUCUUGAAAAAGGACACAUGAACAUAGUUCCAACGAUCAUGCAGAAAAUUCCAGACCGUAUGAUAUUUGUCCAGUCGACCACAGAGGGUCCAAAUAAGUCAGUUGGAUUAGAUGACAAGAAGAAGGUGAAUGAAGAUGAGGAAGAGAAGCUGGAAGAGUCUCAGAGUGUCAGUGAGUUUGAUGGACAGGAUGUGAAUGAGACUGUCAAGCCAUUUCAGGACAAAAGCAAUGAGCAUUCGGGGAGCAGUGGUUACACCAGAACAAAUGGAAAUCAACCGGAACCUAGCAAUUCCUCACCCACGAGUCUAAUGCACCAGCAAACCCCCCUGCCCAGCUUUGUUACCACCCCUACCCAAGCACCACCGGGCAACGUGGAGGAGAGGCUUCCAGUGGAAAGGUGGCAUGAUGCUGCAGUCACAGCGGAACUAGAACCUGACGCAGGUCCAGGUGUGUCUGCUAAAGAUCUACUGCAGCGCUGCUGUGAUGCUGGUCACAGAUGGGCUAGUGAACAAUUCCACUGCAAGGCCAUGCCCAUGUUGACCGAUGACGAGCACUCCAUUUGCAGUCUUGCACAGAAGCAGUGCUGCAUCAGCUCUUUGAACAGCAUCUGGUGUGACUCUGGUGUGACUUCAGCCAAAGCAGGAGGCUCUUGUGAACGAGACGACGAGGACUCGUGCACAGAUGACUCCUACCAGGUGUGCUGCAGCUGCUGUGCGCUGGGCCUCUGGAUGCGCCGCCAGGGCCAAGGCUGCGGCGGUUACCUCCACCUGGGCUACUCAUGCGGUCAUGUGUUCCUCACCUGCUGCGAGGAAGAUGAAGCUCAGAGCCAGCUCCCCUUGAAGGGACAGGAGAAGCUCACGCCAACUGUCCUCCCCAACAGAGUCUCAGAGAGAAAGUUCCCCAAAGAGGCCUAUUCCAUCAGAACCACGGAUGAAGCUGUCAACAUGGUGGAGGCUCAGCAGGAGGAAGAUGAGUGUCCGCUCCACCACAGACAGCAGUGCCAGCACAAGUGCAUCAGUGCGUGGGGAUCGUACCGUUGCAGCUGCUUUCAGGGUUAUGUCCUGCAGCAGGAUGGACACUCCUGCUCUCCAGUGAGUCCAGAGAUCACCAGAGUGAACACAGAACACCCCCCCAUCACCACAGGCACCGUCAAACCCCCCACACAGUCUACCCUCGUGGAUCCCUGUGCAGGUAACGGACCCUGCAGCCAGCGGUGCAGUGUGGUGGGGGGCCAAGUUCUCUGCUCCUGCUUUCCAGGCUUCUACCUGAUGAAAAAUGGACACACAUGUGAAGACAUAGAUGAGUGUCUGACCCACAAAUGUCUGCCACAUCAGCGCUGUGUGAACACUGAGGGCUCCUUCACCUGCAGAGCACAGAUCACCUGUCCUCCAGGUUACCACCUGAAGAGCAGUGGGUGCCAAGACAUUGAUGAGUGUGCGAUGAGGAAGGACCGCUGUGGCAAAGACUUCCUGUGUGAGAACACACCGGGCUCCUUCAAGUGUACGCCCAAGCAGAAAUGUUUGAGCGGGUUUACCCAGGAUGCUCACGGGAACUGUGUCGACAUCAACGAGUGCAGCAGCCUGGCUGAGCCGUGCAGCUCCGGCUUCGCCUGCAUCAACACCGUGGGCUCCUUCAGCUGCCAGCAGAGGGUCGUUGUGUGCAAUCGUGGAUACCACACCAGCCCCGACGGAGCCUCGUGUGUCGAUGUUGAUGAGUGUCAGAUGGGAUCACAUGGUUGUGAAGGCGGUCAGAUCUGUCACAACCUCCCUGGCAGCUACCGCUGUGACUGCCAGACAGGAUACCAGUUUGAUGCCCUGCGUAAGGUCUGCACAGAUGUGAAUGAGUGCUGGAGCUAUCCGGGCAGGUUGUGUGCUCAGACAUGUGAAAACACGUUGGGCUCCUACCUCUGCUCCUGCACAGCUGGCUUCACUUUGGCCUCUGACCAGAAGAAUUGUGAAGACAUAAAUGAAUGUGACCAAAAGCCCUGCAGUCAGGAGUGUGUCAACAUGCACGGCUCAUAUCAGUGCUACUGUCGCCAAGGAUAUUACCUUAAGGAGGACGGACGCACGUGUGAAGACAUCGACGAAUGCUCCCAGAGCAUCGGGAAACUUUGUGCCUUCCAGUGUGUCAAUGUUGUAGGCAGCUACCACUGUGCCUGCCCUCCUCAUGGAUACGUCAUGUCAGCCAAUGGACACACCUGCACUGACGUGGAUGAGUGCAAGCUGGGCACCCAUAACUGUUCGUUUGAAAAAAGCUGCUUCAAUCUGCAAGGAGGCUUCCGAUGCCUUUCCUUUGACUGUCCUCACAACUACAAGAAAACGUCCAGCACACACUGUGAGCGGAUCAGCUGUCCUCCCAACUCCUUCGACUGUCAGAACUCUCCCUUGAGGAUCACCUACUACACUCUCAGCUUCCAGAGCAACAUCCUCACUCCAGCCCAGAUCUUCCGGAUGGGCCCCUCUCCCGUCUACCCCGGAGACCACGUCACCAUCAGCAUCACGAGCGGCAACGAGGAGAACUACUUCAGCGCGCGCAAGCUGAGCAGCUUCACGGGAGCCGUCUACAUCCAGAGAAAGGUCCGGGAGCCCAAAGACUUCCUGAUAGAGGUGGAGAUGAAGCUGCUGAGGCGGGGGACCGUCUCCUCGUUCCUAGCCAGGCUCUAUGUCUUCUUCACACCCAGCUCCAUGUAGGACAAAACUGUCAGUGAUGAAGAUCCUACAUCAUACGGUGCUAAACAUUUUGAGAUUUAACAUUCCACUCGG